AUGAGAAACGCCGAGCGGGAAGGCAACGAGAAAAGCGAACCCAGAGACCCAGGCAACUGCAGCUCGCACGGGAAGGAGAAGAAGGAGAAGAAGGAGGAGGAGAAAAAGGAGGAGAAGGCGGAGGGGGAGAAGAAGAAGGACGCGCGAAAGAAAACCCAACAAUGCAUAAAUGAACUGUGCGAAAUCCUCUCCUCCGAUGACAGCAACGAACAAAUUGAACAAGAAACGGACAAUUUUAUUAUCGUAGAGCUCAUUUCAUACAUAGGUGGAAACUCCAGAAUUAUCACCUACUACCCGAGUACCCGUGGGAGCAAAUCCGGACAGAACAAGUACCUCCACCACUUUUACAGCAAAAAGAGGAUCAAGCUGUAUUUGUGCCUCCACAAAAGGAGCAACGAGAUUUAUAUAUACGAGGUCGAGUCUAGGAAGGUCAGGAGGAGGGAGACACCCCCAGGCAGUAGUGGUGCUUAUGGAGCUCCCAUUCCAGCUGUCAUCUCUGCCCAUGGAGGGGAGAUGAGCAAAGCGAGUGCAUUCCUUCACAGCGAAAAAGUUAAAAGUGAGCCACAAUGCGAUACAUCCCCACCUACCAAUGACGAGCAUAACCCCAUCGUCAACGAAUCCACCUCGUCCUGCAAGGAAGAACCAACUCAUGACUGCAAACCAGAGAAGUACAAAAUAAAAGUGGAAGAUAAAGCAACAGAAAUGCUGAGUGAAAACCCUAACUUGAGAGAAAAAACAACCAAAAAAAUGGUUGUCAAAAAACUUUUUGAUAGCGUACACUGCAGCUACGAUUUGUCCUCCAUUGAAUUUACAAAAUUGAAUAACUCAGAUGAUAAAACUUUAAAUUCUUUGAGAAGCAUUUUGGAACAAAAGAUUAACAAAAGUGAGAGGAGGAUCUCCGAUGCGGGGCUUUCCCAGGGGGGGACCUCACUGGAGGAGAGCUCCCAAAAAGGGGGCAUCCAAAAAGGGGACACACAAAAAGGGGGCCUCCAAAAUGGGGACACCCAAAAAGGGGGCCUCCAAAUUAACAGUUGCAGUGUUGAUACUCUUUCGAAGGGCACUCCGCCUAGUGACCCUUCCUGCGCAAAAACAGACGAGGCGGGAAAAAAUGGGACCCGUUCAAGCGAUAACGAUAAUGCAAGUGACAGCCAAGUUAAAAUUCUCUUUCUCCUUUUUCGCGAGCCAGCAGAUAUAUACAUGAACCAGUUUGCGGCUUUCGACCAAGGCAACGACGAAACGUGCACGAAGGAAAUAAACGGGUUCUUGAAGGACGAGCAGCAGCACCACCUCGAGCAGGAGUGCGCAAAAGCUAAACGGACAAACAACUACGGAUCACAAAUCAAACAAAUCACACACGACCAAGUUCCACAAAGCUUCAUACAGAGUUACGAAAGUGACGUAAGCAUCUACAGCAACGAUCUCUACUUCAGCGACACGCAAGUAGUAACCAGAGAAAACCAACUCGACAUGAAUGAGAAGAAAAAAAAAAAAAACCCUCCAGUGUUCACUCGAAGACAUUUAAAAAUUAAGUGGCUUCUACUCAACUUGAAUUUAACAAAAGAUGAAGAAGUAGUCAUACAAAAAUACGUACUCUCCAAGAAGGCCAACAUUCUGAGGUCCAACAAGUCUACCGACGAUUCGAACGACCUGCACUCCAGUUUUUACAAAACGAAGAAAAAAUCUAACGGAGAGCAAAGAAAAUCACGUAGAGAAGAAUCUCAUUUGCUUAAGGGAGACACCAGUUGGAAUGAGAAACCCUACUCCACGCGUAGUACCCGAAAGGGGAACUCACAACCCAGUCAACAAAACAAAAAAAAGUCAGAAAGAAGUGACAGCAAUGAAGCACACCAUACUCAACUAACCAUGAAUGAUCGAGAUGAAAACUACCAAAGUGAAAACACUAUGAAGGACAAACUAAAGGGGGAAGAAAACAAAUUAAUAUUUACGUUUAAGUUCGAAGAUGACGCGGUGAAGACAGGACAGACGGAAGACCUUCACCAUGAGCAUAUCUCAGUGGAGGAUAAAAUAUCGUGCCAGGGGGGGGAGAUAAAUAUGGGCAACCAAAACGAUGAUGCUGCAGAGGUUGAUCCUACAGUGCACGAAUCGGAUGCCUCUGUUGAGCCAGCUUUAUACUACCACACUGAUGUUCAUCCCACUGCUCAAGAUUCACACAGCGAAUUUGUUUCCAGCGCCAGGUCCUCGAAGGGUAAGGUCUGCCUCAACGACGACGCCAGCACCUGUCAGGAACCGACCCGCGCCUCCAAAGUAUGUUCAUCCUACUCCUAUCUGGACCAAGGCUCUCAAGCAUUAUACGAACCGGUUACCGACGAUAACGAGGAAGAGACUCAAAAGGGCAGAAAAAGAAAGAUAGAUCAAGUCGAAAAUGCUAACGAGAUGCAACCUGGGGGGAAAAAAAGUUUGCACGUUGUGUCGGAGAGGGAAGGAUACGAUGAUACCUUUCCUGAGGUUCGAAGUGGCGAAUGUGAAAUGGUCACCUCCGAGGUGGAAGCAGCCAUCGACAGGUGUCAAGUGAUGGACGUGAGCGGUGCGUCAAACGAGGCGUCAAACGGGAAGUCAAACGGGGCGUCAAACGGGAAGUCAAACGGGGCGUCAAACGAUACUCCAAAUGACGCAUCGAACGAUACUCCGAACGAUGCAUCGAACGAUACUCCAAAUGACGCAUCGAACGAUACUCCAAACGAUGCAUCGAACGAUACGCCAAACUAUGUAUCGAACGACACUUCGAACGACUCCCUCGCGAGUGCCUCCGGACAAAACCACUCGGGAAACUCCAACGUCAGCUACAUCUCCGAGACGGACUCCAGGUACAGGCGGUGUGGAGACUCAGUGCAGGAGAUCCUCCCCAGGGAGGAGGGCCAUCAACCGCAGAGUGAACUUCCAGAGGGCCAACAACCGCAGGGUGAACUUCCAGAGGGCCAACAACUGCAGGGUGAACUUCCAGAGGGCCAACAACUGCAGGGCUGCGCGAGCGAAGUGAUGAACGGCUCCAUAACGCUGCAGUGCGAUGGGUUUGUCGGCAGCUUUGGCGGCUGCCCCGACGGGGAGAGCUGUCUCAAGGGGGAUGUUUGCCUCGCCGACCAGGAGGGGGUUAGCGGCGGGAGUGGAGUAAGUGGCGGGAGCGGCGGGAGUGGUGUAAGUGGGGACAGCCCCGAUGAGCACCCCCCUCGGCGGCACGCGGAAAGAGCAGACGAGACCACCCAGAAGGGAGCAUGCAAUGAAGGUGGCGAAGGGGAUACCGGCCAAGAUCACCAGGACGAGCAAGAAGCGAUCUUCUUCAAAUACAAAGUGAGAAACCUGUUCGAUAUCAUCAAAGUCAUAUGUUGUAACUUCACGAGACAGUUCAAGUACAGCAGCAAGCUAAAGUUCUACAUAACGACAUUUUUAAAUUUCUCCAAAAUUGAAAAAACCAAACUGCAGUUUAUGCAGAAGGAGAGAAUAGUAGACACUCAACUACUCAAAAUCUACAUUAACAAAAAAACGGAAGACGUUAAUAACGCAUGGAAAAUCAACACCUACAAAAUGGACCAACACAAUCUGUUUCGUUUGGAUAAAUUUAAAUACAUUGAUGAUUCAAUUAUCGAUUUUUUUUAUAACUAUAUCCUUUCCUUUGUUCUAAAAAAUGACAAGGAGAAAAAAAACGACAUUUACAUUUUUAACACUUUUUUUUAUAAAAAAAUCGAAUUGUAUGAAGAUUCGUGUAAGGCAUAUAUGAAUACCAAUAGGUGGAUUCAGAAGCUGGAUAGGAAGGUCUAUGAGUAUACCUAUGUGUUUGUUCCCAUCAACAUCAGCAACACGCACUGGUCCCUCGUGCUGCUCUACUUCCCCUUUAACGACAAGCAGGGGGGGGCACAAGAAGAAAAGGGUGAAAUAAAAGGAGAAAAAAAAGGAGAAAUAAAAGGAGAAAAAGGAGAAGAAAAAGGAGAAAAAAAAGGAGAAAAAGGAGGAAGAAAAAACUCCCCGAAGAGAUGCACCCCCAGUGGAGAAAAUCUCACGAAGAGCAGCACACCCAGUGAGUGCAGCCAACCCAGGGGAGAACACCCGCUCCCAGACCAUUUACAUGCAACGUUUAGGAGCAAAUCCUGCGAGUCGUACUUUUCCAAAAGGAGAGGGGCCCUCUCUGAAUCGAGUCUGCCAAAGAACCACAGCACUCUUUUGAGGAAUUAUUUGCAAGGACAAGAAAACCUGGGUCAUCACCAUGAGAAGAAAGAAGGACACUGCUGCAAGAAUGCAAAAAGUUCAAGUGAUUAUGGGGACUACCACACAGGGGCAAUCCCCCCAAAGGAAGAUAUGACGAUCCUUUUGAGAGACACGAAUAAAACGGGUUCUACCAGAACCUGCAACGAUACUUCAAGCACAGUGAAGAAUCAACACAAAAAUGAAAACGUUCAAGUGGCCUACAUGAUUUACCUCGACUCGCUCUUCCCUUCCAUCAGGGGAAAUAAAAUUUUGCACAAGUUGAAGAAGUACCUGGAGCAUAUGCUGCAGCGGGACUACGCAUCUCCCGCGGGGAGCGGAGCACCCGGGGCAGUAGGGGCAGCCACCGCCGCUACCGAGAACGUUACCACGAGCGGUAUUGCGGACGCUACCACGAACGGUACUGCGAACCCGUCUACUGCCACCCCCCCGCGGAUUUUCUUCAAAUUUGUGUACCCGAACGUUAUCCCCAAGCAAACCAACACGUACGACUGCGGCAUUUACAUCAUCCAAUUCGUUUUGCAUUUGUGUCUAAACAAGCACCUGGUCGAAAGCGAGUUGAUCAAGUCGUGUCGGGAGCAGGGGAAGAGCAGUCCUGCCGAUGACCGCUUCCGCUUCAGCCUUCACAACCACAGGCGCGAUGCCGGGGGCUCCUACUCGAGGCUAUGUGUGAGAAAGGCCGCCCCGUGGUUCUCCCCCAAGGAUAUCAGCUUGAAGUAG